CUGGCCUGGCCGGGCAGCGCGCACCCGGGAGGCCCCUCCGCCGCCGGCUCCUCUGCGGCCACUGCCGCCGUGCUGUCGUUCAGCGCCCUGGCCUCCGCCGCGCUGAGCAACGAGAGCGACCCCGGCGCGCCAGGGGCGGCGGGGAGGCAGGCGCCCGUCCCCGAGGCGGCCCAGCUGCUGUGGCACGGGGCGGCGGUGGCGGCCCAGGCGCUAGUGCUGCUGCUCAUCUUCCUGCUGUCUAGCCUGGGCAACUGCGCGGUGAUGGGAGUGAUCGUGAAGCACCGGCACGCCUCCGCCGCGCUGAGCAACGAGAGCGACCCCGGCGCGCCAGGGGCGGCGGGGAGGCAGGCGCCCGUCCCCGAGGCGGCCCAGCUGCUGUGGCACGGGGCGGCGGUGGCGGCCCAGGCGCUAGUGCUGCUGCUCAUCUUCCUGCUGUCUAGCCUGGGCAACUGCGCGGUGAUGGGAGUGAUCGUGAAGCACCGGCAGCUGCGCACCGUCACCAACGCCUUCAUCUUGUCGCUGUCCCUGUCCGACCUGCUCACGGCGCUGCUCUGCCUGCCCGCCGCCUUCCUCGACCUGUUCGCGCCGCCCGGGGGCUCGGGGCCCUGGCGCGGCUUCUGCGCCGCCAGCCGCUUCUUCAGCUCCUGCUUCGGCAUAGUGACCACGUUCAGCGUGGCACUCAUCUCGCUGGACCGCUACUGCGCCAUCGUGCGGCCGCCGCGGGACAAGCUGGGCCGGCGGCGCGCGCUGCAGCUGCUGGCGGGCGCCUGGCUGGCUGCGCUGGGCUUCUCGUUGCCCUGGGAGCUGCUCGGGCCGCCACGGGAGCCCCAGGCGGCGCAGAGCUUCCACGGCUGCCUGUACCGCACCUCCCCGGACCCCGCGCAGCUGGGCGCGGCCUACAGCGUGGGGCUGGUGGUGGCCUGCUACCUGCUGCCCUUCCUGCUCAUGUGCUUCUGCCACUACCACAUCUGCAAGACCGUGCGCCUGUCCGACGUGCGCGUGCGGCCGGUCACCACCUACGCGCGCGUGCUGCGCUUCUUCAGCGAGGUGCGCACCGCCACCACCGUGCUCAUCAUGAUCGUCUUCGUCAUCUGCUGCUGGGGCCCCUCCUGCUUCCUGGUGCUGCUGGCCGCGACCCGGCAGGGUCAGGCUGCGCAGGCCCCCUCGCUUCUCAACGUGGUGGCUGUCUGGCUGACCUGGGCCAAUGGGGCCAUCAACCCUGUCAUCUAUGCCAUCCGCAACCCCAACAUUUCCGUGCUGCUAGGACGCAGCCGCGAAGACGGGUACCGGACUAGGAAUGUAGAUGCUUUUCUGCCCAGCCAGGGCCCAGGUCUGCAAGCCAGAAGCUGCAGUCGCCUUCGAAACCGCUAUGCUAAUAGGCUGGGGACUUGCGGCAAGAUGUCUUCUUCCAACCCGACCAGCCGGGCGGGAGGGGACCUGGGCAUGUGGGCCCGAAAAAACCCAGUUGUGCUUUUCUUCCGAGAGGGACCGCCAGAGCAGGUGACAGCAAUCGGCAAACAGCCUAAAUCUGAAACUGGGGAUACCAAUCUCUAAAAAAGGAUGGGGUGAAUCUUGUAAUAGCAAAUUUCCACUCCUUUCUUUAACGAUGCUGGAGUCCAGAGAAGAUGGUGGAUUUCAUAAAGCCAAACAUUUAAAACUAAAAAGACAGAAGGGGAGGGUUGGUACUCAACACCCCCCAGAUAUAAAAGACAUAAAAGAAAAUGUCCCAUUCUUCAAAAGUGCCAAAAGGCAUGUAAAAUGCAAAAAUUAAAACAAUCUUAAACCACACAAAUAAACAUUGUGAACUGUUAAGUGCCGGAAAAAAAAAAAAAAAAACUGACAAAAUUCACAAUUCCUGAAAAGUUCACAUUACAGGAAUCACACUGUGAAACAAACAAACAAAAAAAAAAAACAGUGAACUGAAUGUCACUGCUAUUUGUUCAAAUGCCUAGAGUUUCUGGAGUGAAUAGAGACCCUCAGAGGUGCGUGAAGGCCCCUGUACAUCACCAGCAUUCAGCAAAACUGAGGAUUCUAGAACUUGCACCUCUGGCCUGCUUUGGGUGCUUAGGUCUGAGCAGAGACAUCCUUACACAGAUUGGUGCCCUUCUUCCCUGCCGGCGGAACCUCUGUGGGAAAUUUUAAAUGUAGAGUGUUUUAAACCAUUUCAGGAUUUUUGAAAAGGUGGUUUCUUACUAGAUACAUAAUUCAGUCUUACGAAGGGCCAAAUGAAGAUAAGAAAUAUGAAUGCUGAAAACAGUAUUCCAGGAAUAUACAUAAAAAUCAAUGUACCUUCUAACCCAAUUUUCCCCCAAGUUACGUGUCUCAAGAGACCACAGCUCUGCCCUUACUCUAACCUGUUGCUGUUUGAUGGCUUGUAUGAUGCCAUUGAAUGCUUUCACAUUUUAAAAAAAUAAUAGCAGAAAAGUCUUUGUCUGUUGAGGUACAUUUGAUUUUUUGAUAGACUAAAACUGUAUUUGAAGUCAAAUUGAUUGAAUGAGGU